UUCACUUCUGGUUUCGAUUGACAGUUCAGGUUACUAACUAUUCGAACAGCAUUACCAAACUCAUGGGCGAGUCAUUCAAACUCCAUUCGCAAGCCUUGAUCGGCUACGAGGAUUCGUUGCGCGUUGCCAAAGACCAGCCUAUUCAUGCAAUGCCUCCCAAGACGUUGGCCAGUGUGGGAACGGCAUACUAAUGCUGCACAUGCCACGGCCAAGGUGACCCCGGUUGCCUGAAACACAUACACUUCUCUACAUUCAUUCAACAUCAUAUUUGGGACACUGGAUUUCGGUUUAGGGUCGGGAACGGAUGCGCAAGUCUGGGCGGCAAGAUGUGAUUUCCGGUGACGAACUCAACCGCCGCAUAAUGAUUCCUUGCUGGCGUUCCCCGGCUCCUUUUCAUUACUUUUACUUUUCUUUCCCCUAUCAUGCGUUAUGGUUCGUAUUUCUAUCGGUUUUUGCAAGAGCUCACGGGAGUCCGGUGUGGUCAUUUUCUUGUUUUGAUGGGUUGAUUUUUCCCAGGCAACAUCUCGACACCCGGCUGGUCCUGUGUGUUCUUCCCUCGCACUCGGUGGAGUUGUUGUUUUUUUGUCUGCUUUCUAUCUGCUCGUCUACACCCUUAAUUCUUAGUGCUGUCCGUUCGAUUCUUGCGCAUGAGCGUCUUUGGUUUUCUUUCUUUGGGGUCCGAGACAUGUUGUCUUCGACUGCUUUUUCGAUACCUUCUGUCCGUUAUAUACUUUUUUUCUCUUCUUCUCUCUUCUCUCUUAGUCCUUCGUUGACAUACACUUUUUCUCCCCUACUUGUUGAUGCCAUCUUAAUGUGAGCUUGCGUGCUGUUCAUGUGAUUAACGCGUCCCCGCCUGUUGAUUGUUUUUCCGCUCUAUUGUUCUGCUGCUUUGGGU